AUGGAGUGUGGUGGCAUUGGCUCGUACUUAUCCAUCCUAGUUGUCAUCCUAAUCCCUGUGUGGGCCAUUUGCAGGCUGAUCCUAUGGUCCCAAAGGACGCAUCAAUCACCCACCAUUUUGCCUUAUGACACUAUAAAAUCCGACACUGGAUCCGCGAAAGAGCGCAAAAACGAUCUUACUUUUGCCUGCAAUCUGAAGAGCUACAAAGCUGCUUCUCGCAGAACCGACUUCAUGAAGAUCUCGGCCGCUCUGUGCUUGAGUCUAUUCGGCUUGUACUCCUUUGUAGCCGCUUACAAUGACAAUGCAAACCAUUUUUUGCGCCGACAGGCUUCUGCGACCAACUCUAGCUCGGUCCUAGUUGACUUUCAAGUAUACAAACCUGUCGAAUUUGAUCCCCCAAGUCAAGGAUGUGAUCAGGUUAUUUUAUUGAUGGAACAUUCAUUUGGCUAUAGUUAUGGACAGCCGUUUGUUGGAAGCUUCACGCCGCCUGAUUGCGACUUUGAUACCGUCAGAAUCAAUCUUACAGUCACAUCACGAGGACGGCAGUUUGAUCGGUUAGCGUUAAUGUAUCUGAACGACACGGAAGUUUUCAGGACAUCCACGGCAGAGCCGACCACCAACGGAAUCGUGUGGACUUAUAUAAAAGAAAUGUCACAGUAUUUGACGUUGUGGAAAACUCCUCAGAAAAUAAUCUUCGACCUUGGCAACUUGAUUGACAGCAAGUACACUGGACCGUUCAACACUACGUUGACGGCAUCCUUUACCAAAGAAAAUAAUGUACGAAUGGCGGAUUUGAUUCUCCCAAUCUCCGCGCGCAAAUCUGUGAAUGAUGCUGCAAGCGCUUUUAAUGUACCUUCUGACAAUGCUACUGUCGAUCUUACUUUCCCCAGCAAUGCUCAAAGAGCGGUCGUCUCUAUCUCGGCUUGUGGUCAAUCUGAGGAGGAGUUCUGGUGGUCAGGUGUCCUGAACCAGGAUACAGACGACUUUGACUCAACUAUUGGAGUACUAUAUGGAUAUUCGCCCUUCCGCGAGGUCCAGCUUUAUAUCGAUGGAUUACUUGCUGGAGUUGUGUGGCCGUUCCCAGUUAUUUUCACUGGAGGUGUUGCACCCGGCUUCUGGCGACCUAUUGUCGGAAUUGACGCAUUUGACCUACGCGAACCAGAAAUUGAUAUCUCGCCUUUUCUUCCCCUACUUCUUGAUGGUACAACACACUCAUUUGAAAUCAAAGUCGCUGGGCUUGACAUUCCUAGCAGUAAUGACAAAACUUUGACCCAAACCGUCAAUUCAUAUUGGGUAGUUACGGGGAAGGUCUUCAUAUACCUCAAUGAUAGCGGGAAGACUACCAUUAAGCCGACUGGCGUACCGCCGGCCAUCAGUGCUUCAGACCUACAAUUUAGCUUUUCACGAAAUCUGGUUUCGAAUUCGACUACCAACGAGACUCUUUCAUAUUCAGUUUCCGCCCACCGAACACUCAAAAUCAGGUCGGGUUCAAGUUCAUGGACCCAAGACUUAUCAUUCUACAACGAUGGGUACCUCAAUCAAAACGGUAUGAGUCAGAGAAAUACCCAGAAUACUACCGGGACAUCAAUUGCGAAGGGGUUCGGACUCGAUGGGAAAAUGGUAGAAUUCAAGACUACCUUCAGCUAUCCUCUCGAUGUCAAUACCACAUAUGCUUUGACAGCAAACUCUACCGCUAUUGAUGCCAUCAUGGAUCGUGGCCUGUCAAUCUCAUCCACCGGAGGCCUCGGUAUAUCUACUUACACACUUACUUCGGGGCCGAUCGAUAUGCAAACCCGCCAAUGGGGCGUUGCACAUUACUAUGCAAAUACAACAGGCUCUUACUCUUCUGGAGAGACUACGCAAGAUUUUAUUGAAACCUCUGGUGGAACAACAUAUAGCACACACGUGCAAGCAGUAAAUGGUACUGUGGUGACACCUGGUAGUGACUCGCAGGCGAUGGCGUCGACAGCAAAGAAUAGUUGGUUCUCGGCUGGAGGACGUCCUAGUAUUAAGAGUAUUCUAGGAAGAGGCCCCGGCUAG